AUGAAUUCAUCCAAUGUAUUGGGGGAUUCUACGCCCGACACCAAUACCUCGGUGCCUUCCAGCCACACCGGCCCGUUAUGGCUUUCAUCUAUGAGCUCCAUGUCGCCGCCGCCGCCGGAGAAUAUCUAUGGCCAGAACGUAUUCUACCCUCCGAUGCCUGCAAAUCGCUCGUGGGAGAACCCUUCCGCGUCCCCUAGAUCGACCGCGCGCCUGGCAGAUCCGGCAGUGCAUAAGGUCGCUAUUCCCCGUCUUGCGGCUCCUACAGGCAUCCGUGGACGACGUCGUUCGGCACGGGCGUGCGAGGCUUGUCGAACGAGAAAAACUAAAUGUGACGGUGCCAGACCGACGUGUGGGCAGUGUGCUUAUCAUAAAAAUCGCUGCGCCUACGAAGAUGUGAAGCGCGUUCGCGAUCAGAAGAUGCUCGACGUUUUGGCGCGGAGAGUUGAUCGGUAUGAAACAUUGUUGCGCAGUUUGGAGGGAGAGAGUGAUCCGGCUACGACGCGGAGGAUUCGGAAAGCGCUGAUGGCCAAGGAUGAUAAAUCCUCAAAGAACAAUGUCGACGAUUCUGACUCCGAUUCCUCCAUCGGCUCUCUCGAAGACGUGGACCUAGUCGAUGAGGAUAUCAAUCGAAACGAAAACACUCGCGCGGCGGGGUACUUUGGCAAGAACUCUGAAAUUGCGUGGAUGCAACGCCUGGAAGAUGGAAUAGAGAACGACAGUCGACAGCAAUCAAUCGCAACCUCGCGGUCCGAGAGCACCAGUGAAACGACAUCCCGUCCGCAAGAGAAUGUCGUCCGAGAUACUCCCAUAGCCGUGAUGAACUAUCAUCUCGAUGAUCUGGAUAUACCCAUUGCAAAGGAUGUAGAUCCCUUCCUUGUGCCGCCACGCGAGGUUGCUGAUGAAUAUCUGAACGCGUAUAUGGCUUUCGUCCAUCCCAUUUUCAGUGCUGUUCGAAAGCCGGCUUUUAUCUCACAGUAUCGCCAAUUCUUUGAUCGAUCGGCUAAGCCGCCAAGAAAGUGGUUGGGCAUUCUUAACAUGAUAUUUGCGAUCGGGUGUCGAUACUCCAAACUCACGGGGUUCACUAAUGCGCCCCAUGGGAAUGAUCUAAUAUUCCUGUCCCGAGCUUGGAAGCUGGGCAUACAGAGCAAUGUUCUUCUUGAGCAUACAGAUCUUCAGCAAAUCCAGCUGGAGUUCUUGGUUGCGGUCUACCUCCUCUGCCUAGGACAAGUCAACAGGGCAUCUAAGUUCUCCGGCUUGGCCCUUCGAUCCGCCCUAUCCCUAGGCAUUAACCUCCGUCUGACAGACGACCGCACUCAUAACGCCUCCAAAGAAGCACGCUGUCGCCUAUGGUGGUCCAUCUACUCCCUAGAACACCUCCUAACCUCGAUGCACGGCCGGGCCUCCGGCGUUGGCGAAAGCUUAUGCUCUGUACCCGCCCCCAUCCCAAUCGAAGAAGAAUACUUUGAGCAACCUGACGUCCAGCGCCUCUUCCACGACCACCAAGCACGCGAAGCCCAACUGCGCGCAACACUCUUCGACACACAGAACAACCACUCAUCCCAACCUAACUCAUCAACCUGGAUCUCACAAUGCGUCCCAUCCUCCUCCCUCUUCUUCUACUACCUCGUCGACCUAGCCCUAAUCUCCCAAUCCGUCCUUAACAAAGUCUACAGCAUCGAAGGAGUCCGCGAAGGGACCUCCCAAACAGAAUAUCGUCUCCAAAAAUUUUCAACCCUUAUGGACCGCUGGCUCGCGAAACUCCCUUCAAAUUACCAAUUCACCAUUCCCUCCUCCGGCCCCUGGCACCUCAAUCACCCAAAACUAGACGACACCUCCGCACCUUACGUCCGCGAAUGCAUCUGUCUAGCAAUGUCCUACUAUUCCUCCCGAAUCACCCUCUGCCGCCCAUGUCUCUCUCACACCCAAUCCCAUAAUUCAAGUGAAUCCGGCUCAAACCUCCGCUCUGACAUGGCUACACAAUGCCUCCAAGCCGCAUGCGCUCUCAUCUCCAUCCUCCCUGAAUCCCAAGAUAUCUCCUGGCUCGCCCGCGUCACGCCAUGGUGGAGCAUUCUCCAUUUCCUAAUGCAAGCCACGACUGCACUCCUACUCGGCUUAUCAAGCGCCUCCGUUUCACAUAGUUCCGCAUCCGCGUCUUCUUUGUCCAUCCCGUUGAAUGGGCAAGAUCUCGCGGCAGUGAUCGUUGAGACUCGCAAGGUCUUCUUCUGGAUCCACGCUAUGGCUGCUGUGGAUCCUGCGGCUAGACGGGCUUUCUUACUCAUUGAAGGCGUUAUGAGGAGGAUUGCGGGACCGUUGAAUCUGGACUUGAAGGAGUGGCCUUCUUCGAAAUCUCUGGCGACGUUUGGUGCCGAUGGGGCGGCGAGGAUGGAGGGGUUGGAUGAGUUGGUUGAUUUCGAGGGGACAGGGUCUUUUGGGGAUGCCGAGUGA